GAGGGCACAACACUUGUUCUCGCCAUCAUUUCAACAAUUCAAACUGUAUUUGGUUAGCGUACUACAUGGGAAACGAUUCACCGCCACUUGGCGGCACUGUGGCCCGGACGUCAGAAUAAUCACACCCAACCCAGCUAAAUGACGAGGUAGAAUGUCAUAACAGAACGCCACAUCCGCUGACCGCUGCCGGUGUCUGCAACGUAAACAAGCUUUAAGGGUAAUCUGCAUUUACCAGGGACAUCCCCCCCAUGUUGCGUGUUAUCGUGAGGUCCCUGUGUACGCGGUGCCAAGCCCUUCCACACCCCUCUCUCCUGAGCAGGCCCUGUUCCAGCUCUGGCCCGCUGGAGAACACAGAGACGGUGGACGCCCUCUAUGACCUGUCCGUGGACAUCCAGAAGAUCCGCCAGCUCAAGGGCUGGGUGCUGCAGCAGAGCCCGGCGUACGUCAGCCAGACCGCCCAGCUGCUGAGGGACCUAGGGGCCGAAGGGCCCGUGAUCGCCCGGGUCCUGGAGCUGUUCCCCGAGGCUGUGCUCUGCAGCCCGGACGAGAUGCUGGCCCAGCGAGAGCUCUGGAGCUCUCUCUGCCCCAACCCGAAGGACCUGGUGGGCAUCAUCGAGAAGUUCCCCGCCUCCUUCUUCACCUCCUCCUGCCACCACAGCAACCAGCGGGAGAACAUCGUCUUCUUCCGGAGCCUGCAGCUGAACAGACGUGUGGUCGCCAAGCUGAUGGCCAGCGCCCCGCAGAGCUUCAGCCGGCCGGUGCAGCACAACCAGGUGAUGGUGAAGACUCUGCAGGAAGCCUAUCUGGAGCUGGGCGGAGAGGAGGCCAACAUGAGGGUCUGGCUUCAGAAGCUGCUGAGCCAGAACCCCUUCGUGCUCCUCAAGCCCCCCGAGGUGCUGAGGGAGAACCUGCUGUUCCUCAGCGCCCGCGGCUUCUCUGCAGCCCAGCUCCUCCGCCUGCUCUCCAAGCUCCGGGGCUUCGUCACCGAACUCAACCCACACGGCAUGCGCCUCUCCCUGGCCUACUCCCAGGACAAGCUGGCCUGCUCCGACGCUGACCUCCAGGACAUCGUCCUCCGCUGCCCGGCCCUGCUCUACUUCCCCGAAGCCGUCCUGGAGGAGAGGAUCCAGGGGCUGCUCGGCGCCGGGGUCAGCCUGGCCCAGAUCAUACAGACCCCCUCGGUGCUGGAGCUGACCCCCCAGAUCGUCAGCUACCGCUUCCAGAGACUGAGGGCUCGCGGCUACAACGUGGGGACAGGCAGCCUGGAGGUUCUCAACGGCACCAAGAAAGACUUUGAGGCGAGCUACAGCAAGCUGCAGCUACGCAGGGACAGGCCCCUCUUCAACCCUGUGGCUCCUCUGGCAGGAGACGACUGAGACCGGCGUGAACAUGGGAAUUAUGAGGAGGUUUAUUUAUUGGUAAUGGAUGGAAAGUGGAUUUGAAAGGGAACGAGACCUAAACAACUAAAGUGGUGCUAGUUAUGCCGAGAACACAGUGAACAAACGAACCUUCAUUAACUCUGUGGAAUAUAUGGGGUUUCCAAUGUGCUUAUCUUUAUCACAAUCGGUUGAUUCAGCUAGUGCCUUGUCAUCCAUCGGUUCAUAUCCUGUCUUAUUAUUCGCAUGUCUGUGUUCCUCCUGUACCCUGCUGUGUUCUGAUGAUGUCACAGGUCUGUGAUGUGGGAUCCGCCUGCCUAUAAUAACAAACACCUGUUGGCUGUUUGUUAUCUUUGUUUCUCUCUGUUCACUAUAAACACAGUCCUCUGACCUUCAUGCCUCAGAGAGACUUUGCUAGUACCGUUGUGUCUGAACUGGUCAUUUUUAUGUCGAGAUGUUUGGUAAAGUCUGUCUCCAAUCUGCAGAUUGCUACGUACUUAUGAACCCAGCACCUGAAGACACGGACAGAACUUUUCUUCAUCAACCCGACGACAAAAAAAGAGAGAAGUUGCAGUUGAAUCUGCAAGUGUACUGACUUUGACCUCAUCGGCUCUGGAAAAUACUGCUAUUUAGAUAUCCAUGAAAAUACUCAUCAUUGCAGAUGUGCUGUGAGUCAUUAAUUGUGUUUUCCCGACGUAGAUAACUUGUCCGAGGUCUUGUUGGUUUGCCCUGAAACUUGGAGUGUUUUGGAUAAGUGCUCGCCUGUAUUUCUCUGCUCAGCUAAAUGAAUAUGUAGGAGGCUGUAGAGGGGCCUGUGGGCCGGGUCGCUGGCAGGGCACAUUACUCCUUCUGAAGGCCUUCUCUCACUCUCCCUCUAUCUCUCUCUCUCUGUGUGUCUCUCUCCUCUCUGUCUCUCCAUCUCUCUGU